CGCGCGAAAGAGAGAGAGAGAGAGAGUGAGCCAGCGUAGGCGGGGUUGUCCGGCGUCGCUCUCUCACGUCUCUAACGCUCACGUUCUCUCACGGUGAAGUCGGCCCGAUCCCGCGGAGUAUACUAUGAACGAGUCGGGAAGAAGGACGUCGUCGGUGACGGCGAGGAUCGCCGUCGUCGUCGGUCGCGAGCAGCAGCAGCAACUCCCGCCUGGAGGCCGCGCGUAGUUCCUCUCUGUUUUCCUUUCCUCUCUCUCUCUCUCUCUCUAUUCCCGUCGACUCUCCUCGUCGGCCGCAUGUCAUGACGCCGCGCACCGUCUCCUCGUCAUCGGCGAUUCGAGUCACCCUCACGUCGGAAUUGUCACUGUGAUGCCCGUUUCACUGACGAACUAUUAUGGAGAUAGCUGAUGCCGGAGGGGGCAUCGACGAUGUCAGACGCUUUCGACUGAGCCUCGUCGGUAUCGUCUCGCUGUUGCUGAUCGACGCGUCCUGCGGCGUCGGUGUCGGCGGCACUGGGGGCGGCGGCAUCGGCGGCAGCGGCGGCGGCGGUGGUAGCGGCGGCGGCGGUGGUACCUGCGGUCUGGCCGAGCUGAGGUGCAACGACGGCCGUUGCGUGCCGAUAGACGCUUACUGCAACGGCGAGGAUGACUGCGGGGACGCCAGCGACGAGCCGGCGAUGUGCACGCCGUGCAACCGGACCUACCACGGGCGCGAGGGUCGCACGUACAAGCUGGAUCUGCCGAGGCCGGCGGAGGAGCGGCUGCCGUUCCUCUGCCACUUGACCUUCACCGCCGCCGGCCAGGGCUACGGUGAGCUGGUGCAGCUACUGUGGGACGCGUUCAGCGUAGGCCGGGUCGAUCCGAACGCCGACAACUACUUCACCAGCUGCCCGGAGGGCUCGUUGCAGCUGGCCGAGCUCGGCCGGCACUUCACCGGCGGCUCGUGGUGCGGCGCCGGCGAGGGCCGCGCGACGUACUACAGCGAGACCAGCACCGUCACCGCGUCCAUACGGCUGUUCCACGCGCCGUCGACGGUGCCGUUCGAGUUCCGGCUGCGUUACCGCUUCGUCGCGCGCAACGAGGCGGUCGCGCGCCUCGGCAAACCGGAGCUGCCGAUCGAGCGGGGCUCGCCUGUGCCCGGCACGUAUUGCUCGCGCAACUUCUACGAGUGCCACCUGAAGCAGUGCAGGCUGCAGAGCCCGAACUACCCGGGCGAGUAUCCGCGCAACGCCAGCUGCAUCGUCACCGUGCGGCAGAAGGAGGUGCCCACCUGCAAGCACGCCAUGAUCUCGGUAAAGAGCACGCCGACCGGCCCGGCCGGUCUCAGCAUCGUCAACACGAGCCUCAGUGUCUGGCAGGAUUGUCCGGCGGAGAAGGACCAGCUGAUCUUCCGCGACGGGGCGCGCUCCGAGGAUCCUAUCCUUCUGGUGUACUGCGGCGGCCCGUUGCCGCAGGUGACCGCGCGCGGACCCGCCAUGCAGGUGGAGUUCCGCAGCUCGCCGGUCGCCAUAGCGCUGGGCGCGUCCGCCCUGCGCCUCGAGCUCGAGCUGCGUGUCAUCUACGUCGACUCGGACGGCCUGGACUACGCCAAGGGCCCGCAGGGCUGCCACUUCUUCGUCAACGGCACCAGCAAGAGGAGCGGCAGCAUCCGCGCGCCCCUCCACGCCCUGCCGCCCAGCUCCAGCUGCACGUGGAACAUCAAGGGCGCCACCGGGGAUCGCGUAUGGAUCUACUUCUCGUCGUACUCGCAGCGAGACUUCACCGGCAACGGCGAGAAUAACGCGAGCGCCCACUCCGAGCCGAGCUGCGCCGUCAAGCUCGUCUUCUGGGACGGUGCGCCCAACAGCGGCCAGCCGAUGGCCACGCUCUGCGACGACACGCCCAAGCUCUGCGCCCACGCCGCCCUGCGGAACAUCACCAGGAGCACCAGGCCGUGCACUGAGGACGAGAGUUACCUGACCACCGCGCCGAGCUUGACGCUGCGCAUGGAGACCGUGCUGGGGACCGCGCUACACCCGGUCAACUUCCACGCGCAGUACGAAUUCGUCUCGACCCUGCAAGCCGGCGAGCCAUGGGGCGACGGCAUCUGCAGCCGCAUAUGGCGCAAGGCGCGCCUGGGAGAGGUAAUGUCGCCGCGCGACGUGCGCCUGUUCGGUCGCGGUGGUUCCAGCAAGCUGGACUGCCGGUACCGUAUCGAGGCCGGCAACGGCGAGAGAAUACGCCUGACGCUGCACAACGUCAGCCUGGGUGAGUCCACCAUGUGCAUGAGCGACCCCGACCCGCAUAGCGGUCGGCCACGCUGCGUCCAGGAGACCGGCUCCAGGGAGGCGCGCCUGAUCAUCUACGAGGCGCCCUGGCGAGAUGUGAAGCUCGCGCGAGCGUGUCUGUGCGACAACACGUCGCACUUGCCGCUCACCUACGUCUCGUCCAGCCGAGCCCUCGAGAUCACCUUUGCCGUGGACCAGCAGGCACCGCACGAGGACUUUGACACGCUCUUCUUCUACGCCAGCUUCGAGCUCAUCCGUGUGCCGGAGUGCCCGCGGAAGCAACGAAUCCGUGGCGAAGGUGGUGAACUGAGAUUCGUGAAUCCUCCCUUGUCGAGACCGGAUAUUUACUGCGAAGGCCUUCCAUGGCUGGUGGAGGCGCGCGAGAAUCGCUCGCUCUUCGUCCUCACCUGGGGCUGGUUCCUGCCGUUGGAGCCGCCUUCAGCCACCUCUGAUGCACCCGAUCAGGUCAAGUGCCCGACCACCAAUCGGAUCCUCCUGUACUCCGGCUGGCCGCCGAGACUACUGAAGGUGGUGUGUCCGGCGGAACCGGGCGCUCGCGAAUUCACCGUGCAUGUGUUCUCCGAGGAGUGGCUGGGCAGCGACGAGGGUAAGCGACCGGGCCCUCCCCGACCGCCCGCUCUGCUGCUGGACUUUAUAGCGCGGGAGCCCGGCCAAGCAGCCGCCUCCUGGUUGGAGAUCUCCAAGAGCCGUGCUGCGCUGCGCCGGCAGUUACGUCUUCCCGAGAGAAACGGCGUCGAGAACGAGACCAUGCCGAAUGGCGACUGCCCGCACAAGUGCCCAGAACUGGGCGCCUGCAUCGCCGCGAGCCUCUGGUGCGACGGCCGAGCCCACUGCCCCUCCGGCCACGACGAGGCCAACUGCGGCAAUGGCGCGAGACUGCUCGGACUACUGCCACCCACCAUGUGGCUCGUGGUGGCCGGCGUCGCCGGAAUUGUCACUGCCUUCGCGUGCCUAUUCACUAUUCUUAUUAGCAGAUCCAAAGCUCGCACAAAGAGACUUCACUACAAGGGAACGAAGAAGAGCAAUAAGCCACGACGAGCACCGACGGAGGAGACGCUUCUCGGGGCGGCGUCCUGACAUCAGCAGCCCGGCUUCGUGGAGUACAUCCACGUAGACCGGGAAACUACUGUCUAGCGACGCUAUUCUGUGCUUCACCGUCCAAUAAUAACUUUACUCGAUGUAAAUCUCCCCAGGUGCCAUAUAAACGUUCGCGAGCGUGGCGAAACCGAUUGGUUUCCCACCACGCUUCUUUCCCGUUCACUCGACGUGAAACUUCGCUCUUCUCGAUCGUAUGCAUGCGUGCAUACAUACACACAUACAUACGUGUCGUCUAUCAUGGACUUCGAAACGAAUCUAUCCACCGAAUGUCUUCUGUUUGCGAUAUUAUUGACAUACUUGUUUCGAUAGUGUUAUCUAUAUAAUUAUUAAUUAUACAUUAUGCGCUGUUACCUCUAUGUAGUUCGUACAACAAACGUACACACACAUACGUAAAUACAUACAUACAUACAUACAUACAUACAUACAACACACGAGUCUCUCGACCUAGGCAGUAGUUCUAAACAUGUCGUCAUCAGGACGGAAAGUAAAUCUCGAAAAUCGCGGCACUCUGGUGAAAUGCGAGAUCUAUCUUCUAAACGCUAUUACCUGAAGACACACAUGUUCGCUGACGCGUUCACACAUAGGGAUAAUUAUUUUAGAAACUAGAAGGGGAAAUAUACGGGGGCGAGCUGUAUUCCUCGCGAGUUAUUCUAACAAAAAGAUAAAUAUUAUAUAAAUAUAUAUAUAUAUAUAUAUAUAUAAAUUAUAGAGACACAGAGAAAGAUAUUAGAGAGAGAGCCGGAAACAAAAGUGCGAAGAUCGUAUAUUUCAGAAUUAUUACGGCUGACGAGAUUAAUUGAAUGACGUUGAAGUAUAAAGUGUGUAGUUACUAAUGAAGAUAACACAGGUCAGGGUUCGUAGAUUAAAUAUAUACACAAAUAAAAAAAAAUAUAUAUAUAUAUAUGAAGAGAGAGAAUGAAAGAAAAACAAUGCUCUGCCAGACGAGAACUCACGGUUCGCGGCGGGAGAUAUAACAAAUAUACUGCCUUUUUGACACGUGGGAUAUUCUAGUGUCAAAAAAAAAAAACAGGAGGAAAAGAGGAAGGUGCGUUCGCGCUUUCCCGUUCGAAGAGGAAGGAGGGUUCUCUCAUCGUUUACACGAAAAUCUGAAACAUCGCGUACGAGAUAUUCUUUUUGUCCCUUCGUGUGUGUAUCCCUUCCCGCAAGAUAUAUUAUUUUUAUAUAUCAUUACACAUUGUAAAAUAAUACAUGUAUCGUCGCGUGUCGUUUACCGUCGUAUUAUUUAUUUAACGUUCCGAUUGAUUCGUUCACACGGCAACACCGUGGCAACAGACGCGGUGGUUUGUGUUCACAGCUCGAUCGCAUUUAGAAGCGGAAAGUAUCUCGAUUACGGUAUAUCUCUGGAUAUACAAAUACAUACACACAUAUAUAUAUAUACAUAUUCAUAUACAUAUAUACAUAUAUUUAUUUAUUAUACGAAUAAGGUAUUUGUAUAAUACAUAGAGCGUAAGAAGAAAAAGGCGUGUGGGGCCGGAGGAAAGUCUGAAGUCGCAUUCGUUGUAUUCAGAAGCAAUAUUCUAAAAGCGACGAGGAGGAGGGAACUGCAGUCGACGCGCGGUUCAAGUUUAACAAUGAGACUCUUCGCUCUCGGCAUUUUAGACAGACUGGCGGACGGACGGACAAGCGAAACAAACACUGGACACACAGGACGACACUGUGUGUGACAUCGUUGUGUGAACGUGUGAAAAAACAUCGAUAUCUCUCUUGGCGUCUUGAACGAACCCAUCGCUCCUCCCCCCUCCCCCCCCAUCUCCGGGAGUUUCCUUUUCCGAUCUUGUAUAUACAUCAUACACAUCGCGGCAUCCGUGCUCUUUUUCUCUCCGAUAUAUACACAUGUGUGUACAUGUAUAUACGUAUACAUUAUAUAGGACGUUUCAAAACUUUAUUGUCAAACUUCCAAAACAAACUUUUGUGAUACGGGCGUGCCAUGUGUAUCGCGUCGUUGUUAACUUUCGCCGAACGCGUCCUCGCGACGGAGGGGGAUUCUCCCAAUCUUUUUCUCUCUCUCUCUCUCACUCUUGAUCCCAGUAAGCAAGAAAUUACUAAUACAACGUCACAUAUUACUAAUACAAUAUCACAGUGAUAUUUUGUAACGUGUAACAUUCUCAAGUAUGCAGUCCUUAAUGUUGGAUACAACGUCAUUAACGUUAACAAUGUUUCACCCACAAACAUAGAAAAUAAUAUCUCGACACUAUGAUUUUAAUAUUUAGAAAUAUUAUAUCGUCAAGUAACAGUUUAAAGACAUCCAUAAGAUAUUGUGUUAAGAUGUUUAUGAGAAAUCUACGUAAAAUCAAUUUCGAAAAAUUGACUUAAUAAAAUUGAUUUCUUGCUUAUUGGGAUCCCAAUAAGCAAGAAAUCAUUGACGCAACGUUGCCACAAUACUUGUAAACAUGUAAUGUUUUCAAAUAUGUAGUUCUUAAUGUUGUAUGCAACAUAAUUAUUAACAAUACUUGACCCAAGCAUUAAAAAUGAUAUUUCCAUACCAUAAUUUUAACAUUUAGGGAUAUUAAAGUCAAGUAACGGUUUAAAAACAUUUCUAAAAUAUUGCGUCGAAACGUUCACGUCGAAUUACUCGCGUGAAAUCAAUGUUUUCCGAAGAUUGACUCAACAACGUCUCUCGCUUACUGGGAUAUUACACGCGACGUUGUGGAAGUUUGCCAGAGGAUUCUGAAUAUCUCCUAUAUGUUAGUUUUAUACUAUAUUAUACAUAGAGACACAAAAACGUACGAAAUAGUACAUUAGCGCGCGCUAUGUAUGCGCGCGUGAGGUGAACCGAGUCUGUGGUUUUAUCGAUCUUUGAACUCUUCAAUUCGAUCGAGAGGAAAGACGGGCGAAAGGAGAACAGUUUCUACGUGAGACCCCCGCGCGUGCAUAUGCGCAUAUGCAAAUGUAUAUAUGCAUAUACAUAUUACAAUGUAGAUCUUACAUUAGAGAGAAUUAUGCACCGGACCAGAAUAGAGAGACUAUUAAAGGAAACAUCUCGAGGCGCGUAAACGCCUCAACUCGCUCAUUAUUCGAACCGCAGUAUUAUACGGUAAGGCGUCAAACUACAUAAAGCACUGUGCCACUCGUGUAUACACACCAAUUUCAAUAAAAGCAACAGUUCUUGUAGGAAAAACGUCACGAUUAGCCUGAUUACGCGAGUAGGCAAUCACCGUUUCUCGUCUAUCUUCGUUUUU